GCUGGGGGAAGUGAUUAAAAACACACAGGAUUCCUUACACAGAAAUAUGGCUGCAGCUUUUCGGUAUUUGCUUCUAGUUCUGGAAUUUCUGGAAACGCGUGCAUCUCAGGCUUCCUGUGUGCCCGGAUGCACCUGCUCACAGGAGAGUGUCGGCAGGACUCUGUCAUGCACCUCUAUCUCUUCGGGAAACAUUCCAGGCAACCUUCCUGAAGAGUUCAAGCAAGUGCGAAUCGAAAACUCCCCCUUAUUUGAAGUCUCCCGGGGCUCUUUCAGCAACAUGAGCAUCGUGCAAUACCUUUGGCUCAACUUCAGCAACGUCACCGUGAUCCAUCCAGGAGCCCUGGACCAGCUGCGGGAUCUCAGGGAGCUGCGUCUGCAGGGGAACAAACUCCGGUCAGUACCAUGGACAGCGUUCCACGCCACCCCUCUCCUGAAGGUCUUGGAUCUGAAAGGCAACAGGAUCGAUGCACUUCCGGAGCAGGCGCUGCAGUUCCUGGUGGGCCUCACCUUCCUUGACCUGUCUUCCAAUAGGCUGACUGUUGUGUCCAGCAGUGUCUUCGGGAACUGGCUGACCUACCAGAAGCACCGGCAUCCUGUGUGUGGGGUAGAGAGUCUCUCCACCCUGGUGAUGGCGCUGCACGACAAUCCCUGGGAAUGUGACUGCCGACUAAGGGGGCUCGUCCAGUUUGUCAAGUCUAUUAGCUUCCCAGUCACCUUGGUGAACACCUACCUGAUAUGCCACAGUCCUCUCUCCAAGGCAGGGCAGCUUUUGCAUGAGAUCGAGCCCAGUGUUUGCAUGAAGCCAAAGAUCUCAACCCCCAGUGCCAAUUUCACCAUCGAGGCAGGACAGAAUGUGACCCUACGGUGCGUGGCCCAGGGCAACCCCUCACCAACCAUUGUGUGGUCCUACCCCCUGAGCAGGUGGAGAGAAUUUGCUGUGUUGACCUCGUCUGCUGUGGAAGACGCCGUCCUGUCCGAGCUGGUCAUCCCCACGGCGCGCCAGGUGGACAGCAGUAACUACACCUGCGUGGCCUCCAACGCCGUGGGCCGCAGCGCCCUGACCAUCUCCCUGCACGUCCGGCCGGCCCGGGGGUGGCCUGCAGCCGCUGCUCCCUCCGCGGCCCACGUGGAGCUGCGUGUGGCCGGGCACACGGCGCGCGGGGUCCUGCUGGAGUGGCUCGCGGUGGCCCGUGCCCCGCGGGAGCAGGGCUUCACGCUGCGCAUCGCCGCGCAGUCGGCCGGCCGGGAGGAGGUGGUGCACCUCGGCCCCGGGGUGCGCUCCUACGCGGCGCAGGACCUGCUCCCUGGCACCCGGUACGAGGCGUGCCUGAGCCCGGGCAGCCGCAGCCCGCGCCGCGGCCCCUGCGUGGUCUUCGUGACCGGCAGCGUGGGCGUGGGGCCGGAGGGCCGCAAGCGCCUGCUGCAUGCCACGGUGGUGCUGUGCGCCCUACUGCUGGCCCUGCCCGCCGUGGGCGCCUACAUGUGGGCAGCGCAGGGCGCCUGCAGCCGCAGUCCGGGCUGCUGCCCUCGCCGCCAGAGACCCCCCAGGUGUCCUCCAGCGGGGCCCCCACGCAAAGACGGCUCCUUCAGGGACCGCGUGGACAGCCACCGGGACCUGCGGGGGCACUGCGAUGACCGCAGCUGACCGGCCAGGCCUGGGGAGGAAGGGGCUGUGUCCAGGCUCUGAGACCCCGCUCGCACUGUGGUCCACGCGUGGGCAGCACUGCACGCCUUUGCUGGGCACCCGCAGCGUGCCAGACCGAGGGCACAGAGGUCGCCAGCACGGGGGGGCCCCCCCGCAGUCCUUCUCCUCCGGAGCUGAGGCCCACGGACCUCCGACCCAGCCCGCGGACUGCUUCCCUACUCACCUCGACUGGAAGGGAAUCCAUGCAGCAAUCUGCAUUUGCACGGCCCUAGCCCAGGUACACGACUACACGGGCACUGACAUACAUUUGACAUGGCUUGUCCUGUCAAAUGGAAGCGUGAAUGCCCUGUCUACAGGCGAAGAAGCUUAAGCCUGGGAGUUCAGUGAUUUCCCCAGCAUUGCCAUCUGGAGGUGCCCCUCAAAAGAGACUAUUAUGCCCAAGGAGGCUGAGGCAGGAAGCUUGCAAACUCAAGCUGAGCCUGCGCAACUUAGUGAGGCCCUUCACGAAAAUAAAAAAGGCUGAGUUCAGUGCAAAGGCCCCGGGUUCCACCCCCACGGCCACAGACACACACUGCUCCCACUAUUCUCAUCAAAUAGAGGCAGCAGGGCAGGGACCGACCUUUCUCACCAGGCCGCUACACUCAUCCAUCACUAGGGUCAGUGAUGAUGGAAAAAAAACUUUUAAGGGGCUUUUUUUUUUUUCUUUUUCCUUUUCGGUACUGGGAAUCGAACUUAGGGAUUCAUGCUUACCAGUCAGGAACUGCCCCACUGAGCUACAUCCCUGGCCCAAAAGAAUUUUUUAAACACAAGCCUCACUUUUGUAGUUCAGGCUGGCCUUGAUCUCACAGUGAUCUUCCUGCCUCAGCCUCCUGAGUGCUGGGAUUACAAGUGUGCACCACCAUGCCCGGUGGUGGAAAUAAAUUUUUAACAACUCAA